AUGCAGGCUCUCGCUCUUUUGAUCGUUCUGGUCUUCAUAUACGCCUUUUGUGUCCUGGCCUUCAAUACUUGGAAGAUUCGACGAUACACCGACGCCGAACUCCGUCAAAGAGACAGAGAGGCAGAGCUUCACCCAAUCUUCUCCGACAACGUGCCAUUCGGUGCCAAGGCCCUUGAACAGCGAGUCCAUGUAGAAGGCAUCUGGGUCUCCCCUCCCAGCACUCCGCUGACGAGCGCCCUGCCUUCGGCGUCUCCAAGUAUAAGCCCACCGAGUCCCUCGCCGGAAAGACCUUCCCCGCGAUCACCAACUCCAGAGUCUUCGUGUAACCGAGAAGGAGCAAAUGCAAUCUUCGCAAAGCCUAGUGUCUGUGGACCAGCCGAGUGUGCUUCCGAUCGAGGGUCCAUCACGGAAAAUCAGUUCGCAGUCGAAAUCCAUGAAUCCAAAACCGGGAAAGUCCCAGUUGCAUCGCCAGAAACUGGAGGAGUCAAGGUGGCGUUCACUCGGGCCUACCACAACAAAUCUGAGGACCAGCGAUCGCCACUGAAACGGGCCGGAAACACACCCAUGUGGCAUGCGGGCUCACUCUCCGAAGCCAACCUUGCAGCGACCUCUCCGUUAUGCAGUCCAAGCUCGGUCCAAUCGAUUGACGAGGCAAACGCAUGGCGGAAUGAGGAUGCUUUCAACUCCCGUCUUCGCAGCGUGCUUCGGAAGCAAUCCCAAGAAGAUGGUCGACGAGGUGUGAGUGCUAUCUUGAACGAACAAUACCGCAUGGCCGCGCCUUCUGAACAGCCCGCAGCUGAAUCCAAUGUGCGGCCCCCUCGAAGCCGGAAAAGACGGAAAUCGAUACUGACACAAUAUCGGUCAAUGAACGGUUAA